AUGCCGCUGUACAAUACGACUACGAGAACAACCAUUGCAUAAGUAGGACAAAGAAUGUGGCAUAUCCCCGUACCUAUGUCAUCUGGCCCUCGUCUCCCGCUCCCUGUCGUCUGUUGAUCUGCUGAUGUUCCACUUAUCAGUUGCCGUCACUGGCCAUGGAGCAACACAUGUCAAGUAAACAGCCUAUCUAAGAUAAUAUGAUGUGUUAAAUAACAUUGUUACCUGCCCGUUUGGACAAUCAAGAAUGUAUAGUCAGUUUGUGCGGUCUUGUCGUGGAGUCAGUGCAGUGAUAGAGAACACCGGUCACCGUGCCUUUGUGCUUAAGAGAUUAAAGGCAACAGCAGCUACAAGCAUGUCAGUCAACCCUUACUCCGAUCCUGAGAUAAAAGAUUUUUUAUCCAAAGUGCAAGAAAUCAUUGUGAAUGAUGUCCUCAGAGAUGGCAUCGAUGGCGAUAAAGUAAUCGACUUCCAGCAACCUGCUAAACUUCAGGAGCUGAUGCAACUCCCAAUUGGGCGAGACCCUGAACCAACGCAGGAGCUUCUUGACCAUUGUCGCCGAGUUGUCAAAUACAGUGUGAAAACAGCCAACCCUCGAUUCUACAACCAGCUGUACAGCGGCGUGGACCCUUACAGUCUUGCCGGGGCUUGGAUGACUGAUGCCCUCAACACAAACAUACACACAUACGAAGUGUGCCCGGUGUUCGUUGUAAUGGAGAAAUACCUCAUGCAGAAAAUAUGUGGAAUAAUUGGAUAUCCAAAUGGCGACGGGGUGAUGUGUCCGGGAGGAUCAUAUUCAAAUAUAUUAGCCAAUCAUCUUGCACGAUACAAACGUUGUCCAGAAGUGAAGACGAAAGGGAUGACGGGUGUGCCGAAGAUGAAAAUCUUCACGUCCAACGAGGCCCAUUACUCACUACAGAAAUCGGCCAGCUUUCUAGGCUUUGGGACAGACAGUCUUGUCUCAGUGGAGACAGACGAAAAGGGUAAAAUGAGAGUUGAUGACCUUGAAAACAAAAUCAAGGCUGUAGAGGAAGAGGGAAGUAUUCCUCUGUUUGUGAUGGCGACUUCAGGGACCACAGUGCUCGGUGCUUAUGACGAUCUACCCGCAAUAGCUGAUGUUUGUGAAAAGCAUGGCGUCUGGAUGCACGUUGACGGCGCAUGGGGAGGCGGGGUGCUGCUCACUGAACAGUACAAGCAUCUGAUGGCAGGAGUUGAAAGAUCACAUUCUGUUGCAUGGAACUUUCACAAAAUGAGUGGUAUACAGCUCCAGUGUUCUGUGCUCGUGGUCCAGGAAAAGGGUCUACUUGAGAAGUGCAAUCGAGGUAACGCUGAAUACCUCUUCCAGCAGGACAAGAAUUACGACCCUACAUUUGAUAUUGGUGAUAAGACCAUUCAAUGCGGGCGUAAGGUAGACGCGAUGAAGCUUUGGCUGGCAUGGAAGGCGAUGGGCGAUAAAGGCAUGGCGGACAGGGUAAUCCGGGCUUUUGAUAACUCUAGGUAUCUUGCCCAACGACUCAGAGAAACAGAAGGAUUUAGACUUAUCAUGCCCGAGUUCGAGUGCACCAACGUUGGGUUCUGGUACAUCCCGCCCAGUCUGCGCGGUCAGGAGGAAACUCCGGAAUGGUGGCAGAAGGUUGGGAAGGUGGCGCCCAAAAUCAAACAGCGGAUGAUGGAAAAUGGGAGCAUGAUGAUCGGUUACACGCCUCUUUCAGUGAAGGGAUUUGUCAACUUCUUCCGCAUCAUCAUUACCAACUCCCUCCAGGACAGUGCCGAGAUGGAUAGGGUUCUAGAGGAGAUAGAGAAACUGGGGAAAGACCUCUAGAACUGGACAACCAUGAGAACAAGAAUGAAGUAACAGAGAUUACAGAGACACACGAAUACGAAAUUGUAGAUCAAGUGUCUCUCUCUGUGGGUGUCUUAAUGCUGAAUCAGAGACUCGGCCUGCAGGUUGUAUGGUGGAGAUAUUCCUUUCAUGAGACAUUAGUUCAAAUGUUCACAUUCUUAAUGUUCGUGCUUAUUGUGAAAUAAACAGGUAAAUUAUA